AUGGAAGUCGAAGAAACGCCAGCGGCCACGGAAGUAAGCAAAACGCCAGAGUUGGAUGCGGAUCUUCCCAAGAAAGGAAUCCCUCGACUAGUAAUUGAUAAGCUGGUGCUCGAAAAUUUUAAAUCGUAUGCCGGGGUCAAGGAGAUCGGGCCGUUCCACAAGAAUUUUACAUCGAUUGUGGGACCGAAUGGAAGUGGGAAAUCAAAUGUAAUUGAUGCUAUGCUUUUUGUAUUUGGAAAGCGUGCUUCCAAGCUGAGAUUGAAAAAGGUAUCGGAGCUGAUUCAUAAUAGUGCAAAUCGCGCGCCUGCUUCCUUUGCCCGUGUCUCUGUUCACUUUUUAGAUAUAAUUGACAUUGAUGACGACCACGUAAUAUUUAGCUAUGAGGUGGUUCCGAAUUCCUUGGUGGUGGUGAGCCGCGUGGCCUACCAAAACAACACAAGCAAAUACUUCAUAAACAACAAAAGCAGCUCAGCGAGCGAAGUGACCUCGCUCCUCAAACAACGCGGCAUCGAUCUCGACAACAACCGCUUUCUGAUUCUGCAGGGCGAAGUCGAGCAGAUUUCCCUCAUGAAGCCGAAAGUACGAGCGAACGAGAGCGAAGAAGGCUUGCUGGAAUACCUGGAAGACAUCAUCGGCACCGCGAAGUACGUUCCGCAGAUCGAAGCCAAGGAGGUGGAGGUCGACAAGCUCAACGAUUCCCGCGGUGAGGUGCUGAACCGCGUGAAAAUCGUGGAGAAAGAGCGCGCGACGCUGGAGAUCGGGAAGAAGGAAGCGGACUUGUAUCUGCAGAAGGAGCGCGAGUUGGCUCGCGAGCAGUCGCUUCUCUACCAGUACUACUGCUACGAGAACGCGAAGGAGGAGCGCGAAGUGCGCCGCUCGAUCGAAUCCGCGACGUCGCGUCUGGAGGAGCUUCGCGCGUCUCUCGCCGCCUUUCUCGCGCAGCUAGCGCAGCUGGAGGCCGCGCAGCGGACGUGCCGCGGGGAGAGCGGGAAGCUGGGGGAGGAAUUGGCGCGGUGCCGCGCGGAGUACGAGGCGUUCGAGCAGAAAGACAUCCAAUACCACGAGAAUCUGAAGGCGCAGAAGGCCAAUCUCCGCAGAAUGCGCGACCGGCGCAAGCGGAACGUGGAAACCGUGGAAACGAAAAGUGCGGAACUGGAGAAACUGGAGGCGUCGCUGACGGAGAUGCAGGGAAACGUGGAAACGGCGCAGGCGCGACGCGAAGCGUUGGAAGAAGAGCUGCAGAAGCUGCUGCAGGCGCAUAAAAAAGAACUGGACGCGCUGAAGGAGAAGCGAAGCGAGGUGGAGGUAGAAACCGUGGAACCGGGUGAGAGGCAGGCCUCGAUGCGGCCGCUGCAGGAAAGCGCGGCAAAGGCGAGCGCGGCGAAGCGCGAGAAGAAGACCGAGCUGGACACGUGGACCGCGCGGAAGGCCCGCGCGCAGGGCGAAGAAGCCGCGCUCCGCGAAGAACUCCGGAAGAACCGCGAGUCCGUGAGGCCUCGGAACAUUGUCUCACGCCCAGCUGGAACACAACCAAGCCGAACUCGAUCGAACGGCCGCGCUUCUCGCUCACACCGUUUCCCCUUUUUCCCCUUUUUCUCCCAGAAAUCCGACCUUUCUUCGCUCCGCGCGCGGGAAACCGCGGUUGCCGCCGAAUUCCGCGCCCUCGACGCCGAGCUCCGCCGCCAGCGCGACCUCUGCCACGAGAAACGCCGCGUGCUCUCGGACGGCCGUUCGCGUUCCGCGGUUCUCUCGCGGUUAUUGGCGGCGCACGCGCCGGGCGGGGAGCUAGAAACCGCGGGACUGCUGGGACGGCUGGGCGACCUGGGCGCGAUCGACCCGCGGUUCGACGUGGCGGUGAGCACGGCGUGCGGCGCGCUGGACGAUUUGGUGGUGGAAACGGCGGCGGACGCGCAGCGCUGCGUUGAAUUUUUGAAGCGAAGCGGCGUCGGACGCGCGCGCUUCCUCAUUCUGGAGAAACUCGAAGCCUUGACUCCCGCCAUGGACGCUCCUUUCGAUCCCCCGCGGGGCGCGGAGCGGCUCUUCGACCGGGUCACCGCGGGGAACCCGCGCGUGCGCUGCGCGUUUUACUUCGCGCUGCGCGACACGCUCGUGACCGAUUCCCUCGACGCCGCGCGCGCUAUCGCCUUCCGCGGGGAUCGAGGCGAUCGUAUGAACCGCGGGGAUCGCGCGGCGCGGCGCGUGGUGACGCUGGACGGAAUGCUGAUCGAUUCCGCGGGGACGAUGGCCGGAGGCGGCGCCGCGCCGCGUCGCGGACGCAUGCGCCUCGGAAACGCCCCCGAAACCGCGGGGAACGCGGGAGAGGAGGCCGGGGAGGCGGCAGUGAGGGCGCUGGAGGCGGAGGUGGAGCGGUUGUCGCGGGAAUGCGAGGAAAAGGGGCGGGAGCGCGCGGAGCUGCGAGAGAAGAUCCAGGCGGUGGAGGAAUCGAUUCCGCGGCUGGAGGUGGAAACGAGGAAACUGGAGAUCGACGUGAAAUCGCUGAGCAAUGCCCAGGAGGCGAGAAAAACCGAGUUGAGCGUGGCGACCAAUGAAAUGGCGGCGAUCGAGAAGGAAACGCCCCGGAUGGAGGCGCUGCGGAGGGAGGUGGAGUCGAUUGAGGGGCGGCUGAGCGGACUACAGGAGGAAAUGAAAGCGUACGAAGCGAAGCUGCGCGAUCUGGAUGCGAUGAUGAACCAAGUGGGCGGGAAGGCGAUUCAGAGCAAGCGGAAUGAAGUGAACGAGGUAACGAAGAAAGCGGCCAAUUUACAGAAGGCGCUUUCGUCGGCGCGCGUGCAGAUUCGAUCAUCGACGAAGCUGAUUGGCCAGUUGAAAGAAGAGAACGAACGCAUCGAAAAAGACAUUGCGGAUGCGGAGCAGGCGAUCCAAGCCGCGAAGGUGCAGUUUGAAAGGAUCGAGGAGGAGGCGAAGAAGGUUUUGGUGGCAUUUGAAGAGGCCAAAAAACUGAUGGAGGCGAAGCAGAAGGAGCUGGAAAGCAUCGAGAAAGAGCUGCAGAAAGCCAAGCGAAGCAAUAGCGAGAAGGAGAAAGAAUUGGGUCAGUUUGAGGAGAAAAAGGCCCAAUUCGAAAAACAAUUAGGGGUCCUCAAUGAGCAAACGGCGAUUUGGACCUCGAAGAUCGCCGCAUUGCGCAAGAAAACAUGGGAAAACACGAAAGAGCUCGACGAAGAGCCCGAAGCCAACGAAGCCAACGAAACGAACGAUGCAGAGAAGGAUGCAGAAAACGAUGCGAUGGAUGUGGAGCCUUCUCGCAAUAUCGAGUCGGAAAUGCUCCGAAUCAUCCCAAAUGUGAGCGAGGAUGAAUUGCAGUCGGUCGAUAAGGCGCGCGUGGAGAGGUCGAUUCUGCGAUUAGAAUCGGAACGCGACCAUCUCAAAAAAACGGUGAAUUUGGGUGCAAUCGCAGAGUUCCGGCAGAAGGAUAAGGAAUAUCGCAAGCGAGAGAAGGAGUUGGAUGCAAUCACGAAUGAGCGGGAUCGCGUUCGAAAAGAAUUCGACGAUCUUCGAAAGAAGCGACUCACCGAAUUCAUGGACGGAUUCAACACGAUCACGCUCAAACUGAAAGAGAUGUACCAGAUGAUCACGCUUGGAGGCGACGCGGAGUUGGAGCUAGUGGAUUCGCUGGAUCCCUUCGCCGAAGGAAUCGUUUUCAGCGUGCGGCCGCCGAAGAAGUCGUGGAAGAACAUUAGCAAUCUCAGCGGAGGGGAGAAGACGCUGUCGUCGCUCGCGCUGGUGUUCGCGUUGCAUCACUACAAGCCGACGCCGCUGUAUAUUAUGGACGAGAUCGACGCUGCGCUCGAUUUUAGGAAUGUUAGCAUCGUGGCGCACUACAUCAAGGAGAGGACGAAGAAUGCGCAGUUUAUCGUGAUUUCGCUGCGGAAUAAUAUGUUUGAGAUGGCGAACCGUCUCGUUGGGAUCUACAAGACCGAUAAUUGUACGGACUCCGUAGCGAUCAAUCCGCAAGAGCUCGGAAACCAAAUGUGAUUGAUA